AUGCAACACUGCAUGCCUCACGAUCAGACUUGGAAAAUCGAGUGCGAGGGCAAAGAUAACGGAAGUAAUGGCCAGGCUGAGGAUGUAGCUCGCGAGGAAAAGAAGGGCGCAGAUGAGGCCACCUUCCGACGGAAGAUUUCCUUCCUCCCGUGGUGGGAGAAGAGCAGCUCAUGUACAGACCUUGAACGAACCCCUAAUCUCAGUGGGCCAUCCGUCAAAGUUCUUCUCUGGGGACCUUUCCGGCAAACCGGAUCCCUGGUAGGACGAAGCACUCGAGCGUUAUUCGAAUGGGACACGCCCAGAACGCGGGCCUGUGUCCUCAAAGAUACCUGGCGCUUCGUAGAGGGUGACGCGAUGGCUCAAAAAUCAGAGGUCGUUGAAACUCUUCAUCGCAGGCAGGUCCCCGACAUCCCCGGACUCAUUUCCAAGGAUGACGUUGAAGGAGAGGAUGCUUUGACACAUUUUUCACCUGAUUGGGUCGCCGUGACGAAAAGCAAGGGCUGGGGCCAAGAGGCGCUCACCACGUGGAUUCAGGAAAUACGGGAGGCUUUCGAAGGGCGCUAUGGUAGAGGAGGGAAGGAUUUCGACGAGCACGAACCUGACUACAUGCUCGCAGCAUUCCAAAAGGCACUGGAUCCCGCUGCCAAAUGGGGAGACAAUUCGACGCGUCUCCCCACCGUUCAUUCGGAUCCUUGA